GUUCCGUCAGAGCGGACAUCUUGUGGCUGUGUCGUGCGCGUGAGCCCCGUAGGGCCGGGGAGGCACCAGCUGCCGCGCGGGGAGGAGGCCGAGGCCGCAGCUUGAGGGAGGCCCCGGCCCCUCAGUACGCGUGGGUGUGGAAGGGAAGGGUGGCUGGCCCAGUGGCCGGCCGGGCGCCUGUGUCUGGCAGAGCCGGUGUGAGACGAAGAGACAAUCCUUCCCUUCCGCCGGGAUAAUCAAGAGUUUUGGCCGGACCUUUGAGCACACACCAAGAUAGUGAGGAGCCAGACGCAAAGCACAGACUAUGGCGCUGAAACGGAUUAAUAAGGAACUUAGUGAUUUGGCCCGUGACCCUCCAGCACAGUGUUCUGCAGGUCCAGUUGGGGAUGAUAUGUUUCAUUGGCAAGCCACAAUUAUGGGACCUAAUGACAGCCCAUAUCAAGGCGGUGUAUUCUUUUUGACAAUUCAUUUUCCUACAGACUACCCCUUCAAACCACCUAAGGUUGCAUUUACAACAAGAAUUUAUCAUCCAAAUAUUAACAGUAAUGGCAGCAUUUGUCUCGAUAUUCUAAGGUCACAAUGGUCUCCUGCUUUAACUAUUUCUAAAGUUCUUUUAUCCAUUUGUUCACUGCUAUGUGAUCCAAACCCAGAUGACCCCCUAGUGCCAGAGAUUGCACGGAUCUAUAAAACAGACAGAGAUAAGUACAACAGAAUAUCUCGGGAAUGGACUCAGAAGUAUGCCAUGUGAUGCUACCUUAAAGUCAGAAUAACCUGCAUUAUAGCUGGAAUAAACUUUAAAUUACUGUUCCUUUUUUGAUUUUCUUAUCCGGCUGCUCCCCUAUCAGACCUCAUCUUUUUUAAUUUUAUUUUUUGUUUACCUCCCUUCAUUCAUUCACAUGCUCAUCUGAGAAGACUUAAGUUCUUCCAGCUUUGGACAAUAACUGCUUUUAGAAACUGUAAAGUAGUUACAAGAGAACAGUUGCCCAAGAUUCAGAAUUUUUAAAAAAAUGGAGCAUGUGUAUUAUGUGGCCAAUGUCUUCACUCUGACUUGGUUAUGAGACUAAAACCAUUCCUCACUGCUCUAACAUGCUGAAGAAAUCACCAGAGGGGGAGGGAGAUGGAUGCUCAGUUGUCACAUCAAAGGAAGCGGCAUUAUUCAAACAGCAUCCAUUCUUGUUUAAGCCUUCCACUGUUAGAGAUCUGAGGUUACAUGAUAUACUUUAUGCUCAUAACUGAUGUGGCUGGAGAAUUGGUAUUGAAUUUAUAGCAUCAGCAGAACAGAAAAUGUGAUGUAUUUUAUGCAUGUCAAUAAAGGAAUGACCUGUUCUUGUUCUACAGAGAAUGGAAAUUGGAAGUCAAACACCCUUUGUAUUCCAAAAUAGGGUCUCAAACAUUUUGUAAUUUUCAUUUAAAUUGUUAGGAGGCUUGGAGCUAUUAGUUAAUCUAUCUUCCAAUACACUGUUUAAUAUAGCACUGAAUAAAUGAUGCAAGUUGUCAAUGGAUGAGUGAUCAACUAAUAGCUCUGCUAGUAUUUGAUUUAUUUUUCUUCAAUAAAGUUGCAUAAACCAAUGAGUUAGCUGCCUGGAUUAAUCAGUAUGGGAAACAAUCUUUUGUAAAUGCAAAGCUGUUUGUAAAUACUGUUGGGAUUUGCUUCAUUGUUUGACAUCAAAUGAUGAUGUAAAGUUCAAAAGAGUGAAUAUUUUGCCAUGUUCAGUUAAAAGUGCACAGUCUGUUACAGGUUGACACAUUGAUUGACCUGAUUUAUGCAGAGUUAAUAAGCUAUUCAGAUAGUGUAGCUUUAGUAUGCUGCACGUGAUAACUGGCAGCCCUGGAGUUCCUAGAUGGACUUGGGACCCAGCAGUUUUGAACAUGUAUAUGGAGUUUAAGAAAUUUUAUUUUCCAGGUGCAACCCCCAUCUAACUAAAUUUUUUCUUCACCUUGUACACUUGACAGCUGAAAAAACCAUAACAUGGGAGUAAUAAUGGAUUAAAAUUUACAAAAUAAAGUACUGUUUUGGUGUGGGAGUUGUCAUGAGGCUGUGUUGAAGUGACUUAACUAUGUGGGAUAUUGAGUAUCCGUUGAAUGGAUUUGUUCAGCCAUUUACAUUAAUGAGCAUUUAAAUGCAACAAAUAUCAUUUCAGGUGACUUAACAUGAAUGAAUAAAAGUCAAUGCUAUUGGA